AUGGCCGAUUUCCUGCCGCUGCCGGGGCCGUGCCUGCGCGAGGAGCCGCUGCCGGGGCCCGAGGCGGCCGAGGCGGAGGCCGCGCUCUCGCUCAGCCUGGCGCUGACCAAGACGCGCUCGUACGGCAGCACGGCCAGCGUGGCGGCGCCUUUGGCCGAGCGCUACCUGGAGCACCGCCUGGGGCCCGGCGACACCCUGCAGGGCAUCGCGCUCAAGUACGGCGUGACGAUGGAGCAAAUAAAAAGGACAAAUAAGCUGUUCACAAAUGACUGCAUUUUUCUGAGAAAAACGUUGAAUAUACCAGUUAUAUCUGAGAAGCCUUUGCUAUUUAACGGACUGAACUGCCUGGAAUCUCCUGAGAAUGAAGCAAUUAGCAGCCCCCCUUCCUGUGAAGACGAUCCGGUGUCAGUUCAGGAAGACGACUCUUCACCCAGUCCUCAAGAACCCGACAAUCUUCUUCCACCUGAAGAAUUAUCUGCCAAAGAUUUUCUGCACAGACUAGAUUUGCAGAUUAAACUGUCCAAACAGGCCGCUAGGAAGCUAAAGCCUGAGGAUACCAGGGAGGACGGUGACGAAAAUUCCUAUGCAACCUCUUCCUAUCAGCAGUAGAAGACGGCAUGAAGCGCUGGAAUAAAAAACAGUUCUUAAAGAACUAAAUAUGUCGAGAUUCAAAAGCGACCCUUUUGGAUUAAUUUUAUUAUGGUGUACUUGUUACAAGUUGUGUAUAGGUAAUUCCACUGACUAUACUUGCACUAAGUUUUUGACUGUUUGCCUUCUGCAGGUCAGUGUCCUUGUACUAUACAUCAGAAAGGGAAGUAAGCCUUCCAAACUAGUAAUUGCCUUCAUAUUUUUGCUAUGAAAUAGUAGCACAGUAGCACCAAUAUAUCCC